CCAAUAGUUUACUGUCCAACUGCAGAAUUGUACCUUUUAUCGACAUCUCGUGGUGUUUUGUGUUUAACUACUGUACUUAAACUCACCACUUCGGCUUCCGAUGUGCAGUCAAACUUUGGUUUUCGAACGUCUCUGUUCUCGACCAAAUCGCUUUUCGAGCAAAAAUAUCGAGUUUUUUAUGCCUCAGAUGAUGAGCGAAUUUCGAUGCUCGAACAAACUGAGCGCACUUGAAUGCACCACUUGACUCCUCUCGGCUUCCUUACACGAGGAAGUGACGCUUCCUCGUGUCGUUUUCCAUUGUGAGCAGACAUGUUCAAUAUUUUUUUUUUUUUUUUUUAAGCGUGGUUUCGGUUUUCGAACAGCCCUCUUGAACGGACAUGUCCAGAAAAAAAUUGGAUUCUGCUGAGGAGUGCCUCUCCGCCUGUCUUCCUCGUGACGUGGCCAGCUCGGUGAAGCAAUUCUUCAGGGAGUUGCCAGAACCUGUGCUACCCACCGAGAUGCAGGUGGCCUUGCUCAAGGAACACCAUCUCCCCACCGAGAAGGGCCGCACCUGCGCCACCAUGCUGCUCUCUUGCAUCCUUCCCGACACAAAUCAGAGUGUCAUCGGUUAUUUCGCUGAGUUCCUGCAAAAAGUGUCCAAGAGACUGGCGGAGUUACAGAAAUUAACAGCAACACAGAGAAAGGCCUCCAAAUGGAGAGUGAUGUCCCUUCACUCCUUCAUUGAGAAUGCCCAUAACUUUGAUAAGCUGCCACAAAUUCUUGAAGAGAAGCGUCAAGUCAAGUCAACUGUAUUUAUAGAGCACUUACAAACAGCCAUCGCUGCAUACAAAGUGAUGUACAUGGAGCAAUUUAACAUAUACAAUAAACAGUAAAACAAAUCAGUAAUAAAGACGGUAGAAAGCACCAAACAGUAAAACCACGAACAAAUCUAAGUCAUGCUGAGUCGAAUGCCAAAGAAUACAAGUGAGUUUUGAGGAGGAUUUUGAAGAUGGGCAGCGAGGAGGCUUGCCGAAUGUUCAGUGGGAGGUCAUUCCAGAGAGAGGGACCAGCAACAGAAAAGGCCCGAUCCCCUCUAGGCCUCAGUUUAGUUCUUGGUACUUCUAAUAAUGUCUGGUCCGCAGACCUGAGGCGUC